CGUGCAUCAGCGGGUACUAGAAUAAAAUAUGCGCGAAGUCAACACAUGUCAAAUCCAAGAUGGCCGAUGCCGAGGACGAUGAACAGUUUUUAUAUGGAGAUGAGCCUCAGGAUAAAGGCCAAAGUGGGACAGAUGGUAAAAGUACAGAAGCUCCUAAAACUGAAAAAACAGAGACAACAGAGGCCAAAGACAUGGAGCCCACAGAAAAUGGUGCUGUUGCAGUAAAGGAAGAAGAUGAUGCAAAAGAGGCUGGGGAACUGAGCAAUGAAGAUGAAGAGGAUGAUGAUGAUGACGAUGAUGAUGAUGAUGAUGAUGUGCAGGUCACUAUUGGUGAAAUAAAUACAUCUGCCACUGGUUAUGGUGCACCAUAUGCUACGCCUGUCAACUGGAAUUUCAAGGGGGGUGCCGCUGCUUCUAAAGCUACACCAGGAGCUGGAAGUAAAACUGUAGAUGUAAAUGCUGAAGGGACAGUAAAUGGUGUUGGAAUUUAUGAGUAUGAUUUGGAGUCUUCAGAAGAAAAGCCUUGGAGACAGCCUGGUGCUGACAUCACAGAUUAUUUCAAUUAUGGCUUCACUGAAGAUACAUGGAAACAAUACUGUGAAAAACAGAGACGGAUGAGAAUGGACCUUUCAAUGCAAAAGAAAAUAUUUUCACAUCAUGUUGCACCUACUGUUGGUGGUCCUAUCGACAUGCCAGGGAUGAUGCCCAUGGAUGGGCGUGGUCCCCGUAAAGCCGGCCCCCCGCCGGAGAGAAAAUUAGAGGGCAGUAUUGAUGUGAUAGGUGCAGUGGGGUCUAGAGUUGAGAGCCGUAGACAUGACGAGGAUGUGCCACCUCACAUGAUGGGUGACGAUGUCCCACCAGACAUGAUGCAUGGCAGAGGCAUGGGCAAAAGGUUUCCUCCAGGAGGACCAGGUGGUCCUGGCAUGCCCCCUGGUGGACCCCCUCCCUUCCCCCCAACGUCAGAUCCCAAUAUGGGACAUCACCCUCCCAUCAGUGGACCUCCAACAACGUCCAUGUCCGGCCCUCCCAUUCCAGUCCACCAUGGUAUGCCACCUCAGUAUGGUCCCGGGCGGCGGGACAUGCCUCCCCCUGGAGCUCCACCUGGAAUGCUUCCGCCUGGAAUGCCACCUCAUGGUAUGCCCCCUGGAUUUGGACCUGACCAGGCCCACAUGCAGUUUGAAGCAAUGGGUUUUCCAGGUCGUGGCGGUGGUGGUAUGAGGGGCAGGGGCCGUGGUUUUCCUGGUAUGCCUGGCAUGCCAACACCAGGAGAAUUCCCACCCGGGAUGGAUGAAAGGGGUCCACGAAUGGGUUUCGAGGAGGGCAUGCAGCCAUUCUUCCCUGGAGAUCCAAUGCAGCCAUUCCCGCCGAUGAUGGGCCCCCCUCCACACGGGCUGCCCUGGGAUGCGGCGCUCGGAAGAGGAUUUGUGCCGAACUUCAAUCGCGAUGGGUUUCCUGUGGGCAUGAUGAGGCCUGGUGGCGAGAGUCCCGGGCGCAUGCGUAGUGACGAGGAUAGCGAGUACGGGAGCAGCGAGGAAGACCGAAAGCGCGAACGGGAACAUAAAAAACGCGAUAAGGAUAAGGAUCGUGAGAGGAGCAGAGAGCACAGAGAACGGACCCGAGAGAGACACAGCGACCGUGACCGGUCACCUCGUAGAGAGCGUGACAGAGAAAGACGCGAGCGUGACAGUAGCAGUCGCCGUCAUCGAGACAAGGAUCGGGACAAGGGCAGCGACCGCGACCGAGAUAAGCGCGAGGAGCGGUCUAGUAGGAGAGAAAGGUCAAAGGACACGCGAGAAAAGAAACGUCAUAAAGGCUCGAGCGAGGCCCCGAGCACAGAUGGACAAGAAGAGGGGGAACUGGUAUCCAAAAAGAGAAGUCGUAGAUCACGUGAGGAAAAGAAAGAAUCCAAAUCAGAAGCGCCCGCUGAACCAGAGGAGGGUCAGCUGUCUUCCUGAUGCGUCUCUCAACAUGCGCGAAAAUUAAACAGAGCAUUUUAACAUUUGCAAUGCGACCUGCAUUAGACGUUCGUGCGAUGGCCAAACGGAAUGAACUAUGAACCCUUUCACUUUAGAGCUAAAAAAAAGGUUACGUUCUCCCAAUUAAAAAGGUGGAGAGAAAUCAGAUUAUUUCUUCAAAAAUAUAAGAAAUGUUUCUCAACUUGUCACCAUGACACUGAGAAUCGUCGAUCUCGUGGAAAUGAAAGGGUUGAUAUCUUCGUAUGCAUAUUUUGUACAGACCUUAGGACAUGUGUUACACAAUAAACCUACCACUUACAAA